GGACUAAAGACUUAAAAAUUUCUUGUCUUUCUACUUCUAUAUUUUUUAAAUAAAAGCAGAAUAGUGGAGUUCAUUUUCAUUACUUUUUAUGUGUUUCUUUGAGGUAUGCAGAGCUUCCAUUUCCAUAUGCAAAACUUUGAGGUAAAUUGAGAGUACAACUUCUCUCACUUCGUGUCCAUGCUCUAGCCUUGAUCUGUGUGUGUGGAAGUUUGCUUCGCUCAUGAUCUACUCCUAGUUCCACAAGGCACCAUGAAGGAGAUCAUAUUCUUCAUAUUCUCAUCAAUGCUUUAGUGGCAGAAAGUUUUGGAAGGAAAGAUUCGUUCAGAUUAGCUGGGGAAAUUCUUGAUCAAGUGGAAAACUUGAACGAAAAUGCAUGAAUUUGUUCAUGAGGCUGGUGGAUCAGGAUUAAGUAAGGCACCAAAGGAAGAAGAAUGGGUGGGCAAAGAGAUUGAUUUGAUGGAUAAUAAGUUGUCUGAGCUACCAGAGUCUCCAAAUUGCCCUUCGUUGAUUGUCUUGUAUUUGCAAAGGAACUAUGAUUUGGGAGCUCUUCCCCCCUUGUUCUUCCAACGCAUGGCCCUCCUCCAACUGCUGGAUUUGUCCGAUACUAGCAUCAAAUCUUUGCCAAGAUCUCUUCCUAAAUUGGUUGCACUGAAAAAGCUCUUCUUAAGAGGAUGUAAACUCUUCAUGGAACUAUCACCUCAGGUUGGGAAACUCGACAAUCUUGAGGAGCUUGAUCUUGAUGAAACUCAGAUCAUCAAUCUGCCUGUUGACAUUGGAAAACUAGUCAAGCUAAGACUCUUGAAGGUAUCUUUUUAUGGGCAUACAAACUUUAGCAAAAGGAAAUUGCAAUCAAACAUAGUACUUCACCCUGAGACAAUUUCAAAUCUCUCCCAAUUGAGUGAAUUAAGCAUCGAUGUCGAUCCAUCAGACAAUUGCUGGGAUGAUUCUGUGGAAGCUGUUGUAAAGGGAGUAUGCAACUCGAAAGGGUUGAGGAGUCUUAGCUUGUACCUGCCAAAAGUUCAACUUUUAGAUUAUAUUUCACUGAUAUAUCCUUCAUUAACACGAUUUAGAUUUAUUCUUGGCUAUGAUAAAAGGAGAAUCAUCUCUCGCGUACCUCAUGAAGCUGAAGCAGAAUUCAGAAAAUGGGACAGAUGCUUGAAGUUUGUGAAUGGUGAAAACAUCCCAAUUCAAAUAAGACAAGUACUCAAGAUUUCUACUUCUUUUUUCUUGGACCGGCAUGCAAAUGCUAUGAAUCUGUCUGAAUUCGGAAUUAAGAAUAUGAAGAUGCUAAAGUUUUGCUUGUUGGCAGAGUGUAAUGGGAUGGAAACCAUUGUUGAUGGAUCCGAACUUGACCCUGGUUCUGCAGAAAACGUGCUUGAAUCACUGCAAUAUUUGAGCCUUUAUUACAUGAAGAAUUUACGGAGUAUUUGGAAAGGACCAAUGCAUUAUGGUUGUAUGUCUAAGUUAAAGUUCCUAGCAUUGCAUACAUGCCCCAAGCUGAGAAAUAUUUUCUCACAUACUUUGCUUCAAAGUUUUGUCAACUUGGAGGAGUUUAUUCUCGAGGACUGUCCCAAGGUCACCAGCCUAGUAAGCCAUGAGUCUGUCAAGCCAGUUUCUGAUACUUUGCUCCCAAGUUUGAAAAGGUUGUUUCUUCUUUACCUCCCUGAACUGGUCAGCAUUUUCAAUGGUCUAUUCAUCGUGCCAAAAUUGGAAAGAAUAGGCUUUUAUAAUUGCCCAAAGCUUAAAUGCCUAUCGAAAAGAGAAUUGUCAAGCAAACAACUUAAAAUGAUCAAAGGAGAAAGUCAGUGGUGGGAAGAUAUAAAGUGGAAUGAAACAGACUGGGGAACUCGGCCAGAUUAUCUAAUGCAUAGUUUUUCUCCUGUCAAUAAUGAGGAAGAUGUGAUGACAGAAUUGGCAGGAGACAAAGAUCUUUCUGAAGCCACGAUUAAAAAUGAAGGCCAACAGUACAAAGAUGAUGGAAAGUUGCUUGACGUAGUAAGACAACAUGAUGGCCCAUGGCUAGAUUGUAUGAAGGAGAAAACGAUGACAGAUAAUGUGACAAAGCCAAUUUCAUCACCGUCACGGAGUAUGCCCCCGUCCAUGUCUCCUCCUUACUUAACCGCCCCGCCACCUUUCAAUAGACAACAAGAAGGGAGUUUUCAAGAUUCCACGCAAAAUGAUUUUGCAUCAGAAAAGAACCUCAGUAACUGUUCAAACACCAUAGUCACUGCAGCAACCGAUAAAAACAUAAUCAGCACUACAACGCCCUCCUCGAGCACUAGUACUCCACCUCCAUCUUUCAUUCCAAGCCGCUAUGAGAGCCAAAAGCGUAGAGAUUGGAACACCUUUAGCCAAUACCUAAGAAACCAUAGGCCCCCACUCUCCCUUUCGAAGUGCAGCGCUGCACACGUCCUUGAGUUUCUUCAGUACCUUGAUCAAUUUGGCAAAACCCCAGUCCACAUCCAGACUUGCCCUUUCUUUGGCAUCCCCGAGCCACCUGCUCCUUGCACGUGUCCUCUCCGACAAGCUUGGGGCUCCCUUGAUGCACUCAUUGGCCGGCUUUCCCAAGCAUUUGAGGAGCACGGAGGGAGGCGAGAAGUGAACCCGUUUAGAGCUAGAACUGUGAGGAUUUACUUGAGGGAGGUCAGGGAUUUACAGGCCAGAGCUAGAGGGCUUAACUACAAGAAGAGAAAGCUGCCUACCCUGAACGUAGCACCAACAACAAUUAACGAUGUCACUACAAUUGGCAAAUCCAGAAGUUCAUCAGCAAUGAAAAACACAGCAAGCCAAUCAUGCAGAAGCCUAAAGGAAAAGAAUAAACCAACCAAUCUAAGCAAGUCGACAACGGCAGAAAACUAAGCAUAAGAAGUCCAUAUCAUAGAAUGUCUACAGCAGGUAAGCGCGAUCCAACUGCAAAUCUUCGAGCACUUGAAAAAGAGGCAAAAGGAACUUAAGCGGGCUGUGAAAGCAUCGAGACACGUUUACCACAUUUGCGUACCAACUCAACUGCAGCUUCUAAUCUUCCAGCAAAACUUGGAACUUCCCUACUUAAUUGAUUCU